AUGAAGCAGCCCCAACUAUGCGGAUUCCUGGGGACACAAAUGAUGGUCACACGCAUCACAGAAUCCAAGUAUGAUCCUUUUCGGAAGGACCGGCUGACGCCCUCCGAGAAGGCAGCCAUGAGCGGCAAGGUCACCGCAGCCACCCCUCUCCCUUCCCCAGCCCCCCUGAACCCCCCUGGCCCUUCUCCCCUGGGGGAGGAACAGGAGGUGGUGACCACUUUUUGCACCCUCCUCCCAAAGAUGCCCCAAUGGAAAUUCUCCGGCCCGUCCGGUUUUCUCAGCCGCAGCCCCUCCAGUGCCAGCAAAGACCUCUCGGCAUCGGUCAAAAGCGGUGGCCUGGCCGAGGCCGGGGCUGUCACGGUGGCCUCCUCGGCCUCGGGGUCAGGCCUGGCCGCUGUCCUCAGUGCCUGCGAGCCGGUCUGCGCCACACCCUGCAGCAGGCUGAGAGGAGGGACGGGCGGGGGCAGGAAGACGCCUCGGGCCCCGGGGCCCCGAGCCUCUGGAGAGGAGUGGAGCCGGAAAGGGAGUUUCAUCAGCAAACCGGUCCAAGGUUGGCUGCAUCCAGAUGAGAGAGUCUUAGGGCCCGGCGUCUCCUACAUCGUCCGGUAUAUGGGUUGUAUUGAGAUCCUGCGAUCAAUGAGAUCUUUGGAUUUUAACACCCGGACGCAAGUCACCAAGGAGGCCAUCAAUCGAUUGUACGAGACAGUCCCAGGAGUCCGAGGGAACUGGAAGAAAAAGGCACCAAACAAAAGUCUGUUUUCAAUUCUGGGCAAGAGCAAUCUCCGAUUUGCCGGUAUUAGCAUAGCUGUCAACAUUUCCAUCGAUGGGUUAAACCUGAUGAUCCCCAACACCCGACAGAUCAUCGCGAAUCACCACAUGCAAUCCAUCUCCUUCGCUUCGGGGGGUGACACGGAUAUAACCGAUUAUGUCGCUUACGUUGCCAAGGAUCCCAUCAACCAGCGAGCCUGCCACAUCUUGGAAUGCUGUGACGGAUUGGCGCAGAGCAUCAUCAACACUGUCGGUCAGGCCUUUGAGCUCCGCUUUAAGCAGUACCUGCACAGCCCUCCCCAAACUGUAGCACCACAUGAGAGGACAAUGGGAGUGGAGGAUUCUUGGUGUGAAGAGGAAGACCCCUCAGGACACAACUACUACAACAGCAUCCCCGGGAAGCAGCCCCCCCUUGGAGGUCUGGUGGAUUCUCGUCUCCAUUACGGAUCGGGUUCCAGCCACACGCUCUCGCUGGGUUCCUACGCGACUCAUCUCAGCCAGGUCGGAUCUUCAGCCAGAAGGGAGCCCAGUAGCCACUCAAACCUGAACUGGGAUGCUGAUCUUACUGGCCAGUGUUGCGAUGGCUACGUUCAGGCAGACAGCAAACCUCUGGGCUCCCAGGAUUAUGAACAGCACAUGUAUGUCAACACGGAAAACUUCAACAGCUGGGAGGCCAAUGCUGGGAAACCGGAGGAGAGUCCUCCCAAAGAUCUUUUCGAUAUGAGGCCAAUGACAGGAGUGUGCAGCUCCCCCUUUGAAAAGCCGAAUAAUAAUGCUAUUAAUAGUUUCCUACUUCAAAGUGAUGCUCAGGUGAGAACAAAAGACGCCCUGUUUGAAAGCAUCAGCCACCUCAUCAAUUACCACCUGCAAAACCAACAGCCCAUCGUGGCCGCGGAGAGCGAACUCCACCUGCGGCAGGUGGUCAGAUGGAAGCCAUGA